AUGGACUCGACUCAGGGCCAUCUACGGCACGAAACACAGAUACCUUCCUUCACCUUCAACGAGCCCGGCACCAAGUACGGCGGAGAGACCGCGCCGCUUCAUCCAGCUCCCGUCCUCGCCAUGAACGGGAAUACCACGCUACCGCCUAGGACGGAUUCGAUGGCAGCAUCGCAUGCAGUAUGGGGGGCGCCGGCUUCUCAAAGCAUGAGGCCGCGGCCCGCUACGAUUCACGAGGGCUUUUCGUUCUGCGUUGGGGAAGGGUUCGAAGGCCUUCCGGCGUGGGACUCGACGGCAUUGCAAAUGCAGCACCCGACAAGCGACGCCAUGUCAUCCAGGCCCAUCUCCGUUCACCAAGACUUUUACCCCACCACCACCACCAUGGAUAGCAGUGAGUACCUCGACCGGCAUGGGGCCAUCGAGGGGCUAACCCUUCCGCCAGAUGCGUGGGCACAGAAACCAUGUGACGGUAGCCUUGGGAUUCCCGGUUUCGAUUCCGAUAUGAUAGGGCAGGCCUACACGACCGACGAGGCGAUUCCGAUCCUCGAUCUUAGGACCUCCGGCCCUCCCAUGGACAGCGACGCGAUGGCGUUCGACGGAAUAAACCCGCGCAGAAUGUCUGGUUCCUCUUUUACCGUGUCGACCACCGGUGGCUUGUCAGAAAUGGCUUCCUACGACGAUUUCUCGACCGCGCUCUCAGACGCUCCCUCGCUCACUUCCGACUACCCCCCGCCAUCCAACCGAACGUCCAUGAUCUCGUCGACCCAGCUGUCGCCUGUCGCUUCGCCGAGAAUGACGCCGCAAAGCCGGUCGGAGUUGGUACGGACCCAGAGCAGGGGAAGAGCCUCGCCGUCGCCGCGGCCGGGCGUGCGCGCUGCGCCCUAUUCGGUCGAGAGCGCGAGGAACAAGAGAUGGUCUACUGGGUCCUACGGUACCGCGUCCAACCGGCGACCGUCCCCUUUCGUGUACCACCACCCGCACGAUGCGUUCAAUAUGCACGCCCGCCUGUCGUCGCGCCACUCUUCGCCCACGGUUGCCCAAGGCCAGCUGCCAUUGAGCUUCGGGAACCUGCAAGCCGCACAGCAGCAUCCGUACCUUUACAAUAACGCACCGGCCUUCCAACGCAACAGCAUGCUCCUACCAACCCAGCUGCCGUCUCAUACCUUCCAUCCUGAAACGCACCACCAUCAAUUUGAGACUCCUCCUCCGCUGCUUUCUCACGGACUCUUCAGGAUGCUCCAGAGCAACGCCGAUCCGCACUCGCUUCACAGCCAUUACGCUGACCUCUCGGACCCGCCUGACUUGUACGCCUCGCUACACGAAGAACAGAUUCCCCCACCACCCGAGGACAUGAACCCCGCCGACCCGGACCUCACACCCCACGAACAGGAGCUCAGAUUCGAAGGUGACCUGUACACGCCAAGGUGGGUGCGAGGACACGGCAACAAGCGGGAAGGCUGGUGUGGUAUCUGCAAGCCGGGCCGGUGGCUGGUGCUCAAGAACUCGGCUUUCUGGUACGACAAGAGCUUCACGCACGGUAUCAGCGCCGCCACGGGCAACCCCUUCCAGGAGCCGCAGGAGACGAGGCGCAUGGAUGGUAAUCCCGAUGUGUGGGAGGGCCUCUGCGGAAGUUGCAAUGAGUGGAUUGCGCUAGUAAGCAGUAAGAAGAAGGGAACGACGUGGUUUAGGCACGCCUACAAGUGCCACACCCACCCCAAAAUCAAGGACGCGCCCAAGCGCAGGAGGGAGAGCAGCAACACACGCGCGCUGGCGGCGUCGAACAUGGCCAAGCCGCGGGUCGAGCCGGUCACACCGCAGAUGGCGCCCGCUAUCUCCGCCGCCGGUACGCCGACGCCGGCCAAGUCUCAGUUGUCGACCCCGAUGCCCCUACAGCCUCCGCCUCAGCAGCAACAGCAGCAACAGCAGCAACAGCAGCAACAGCAGCAACAGCAGCAGCAGCAGCAGCAGCAGCCAGCUCAGCAGCGGCCGCUGUCCCAAGGACGCCAGAACCACCAGCAACAGCCGCAUCCGCCCCUGCCGUCCCAACAACUGCAACAACAGCCGCACAUCCAGCUCCAGCCUCCGCCCAUGCCCCGUGCCCGGGCCCUGCCGCCGCAGCUGCACACUCAAAUGUCCACAGCGCCGCCGCCGCCGCCGCGCUCCUCCCUCAUGAGCCCCGUUGGGCCCAUCCCUGGGGUGGACGGGUUCCCGAACAUGAUCUGA